AUGCCCAACAGCCCUGCAGGCCAUCUUGGCUACUUGCAGGCACGUUUCUUGCUACGGGGUCAUCCCUUUUACACGGAGCCAUGCUUAGAUUUUGAUGGUUACAUUCUUCGAUGCCAGAGAUCUUUGCGGUUCCACCCAAUAAAAUUUCUUUCUUCCAAUGCCUUUACAACAGCACCAGCAUCCACACUCGGAGAAGCAGAGGCUCUCUUGGAAUGGAAAGCCAGCAUCUCCUCACCACAAGCUCUCCAUUCAUGGUCACUUCCAUCUGCUAAUGCUAGUGCCAACACAAUCUCUCCAUGCAAAUGGUAUGGGAUCUCCUGCAACGGCCUUGGAAGCGUAAUAGAGAUAAGCUUACCCAGUGCAGGCUUGCAAGGUAAGCUUGAUAACUUGAGCUUCUCCUCAUUUCCAAACCUCUUCCGUCUCAAUCUCAGUGACAACACACUAACUGGAACCAUCCCAGCUGAUAUUGGCACUCUUUCUAGACUCGUCUCCCUCAAUAUCUCCAUGAAUUAUCUCUCUGGAGUUCUACCUCUUUCAAUGGCUAACCUUUCUCACCUUUCAGAGCUCGACAUCUCAUCUAAUGAAAUAACUGGGCCUAUUCCUCCAUCUUUAGAAAUUGGGAAUUUGGUAAAUCUCAAUAAGCUUGAGCUUGAGAGUAACCUUCUAACAGGUUCUAUCCCUUCCACUAUAGGAAACUUGACCAAGCUUGAACUCUUCAAUGCAUUUGACAACCAUUUAACUGGUGAGAUCCCAAAAAGCUUCAGAAAUUGCACUAGUUUAACUAGAGUUCGACUCGAAGGAAAUCAGCUUGUUGCAAAUGUAUCAGAAGCCUUUGGUGUCUACCCACAUCUCUAUUUCAUGGAUGUCAGCAACAACAUGUUGUUUGGUGAACUCUCACCGAACUGGGGAGAAUGCAAAAACUUGACGAGGCUACAAUUAUCUGGGAACAUGAUCACUGGUAGAAUUCCUCGCGAGAUUGGGCAGUUGAAGCAGCUACAAGUACUUGGUCUUUCUUUGAACCAUCUAGAAGGAGAGAUUCCAAAGGAAUUUGAGAGGCUAACUUCUUUGUUCAGCUUGAGUUUAAAUGAUAACGAACUUUCUAGUCAGGUACCAAAAGAGAUUGGAAAACUCUCCAACUUGGAGGUUCUUGACUUGUCAAGGAAUCACCUAAGUGGUCCAAUACCACCUCAAUUAGGGGAUUGCUCCAAACUCCAAUAUCUGAAAUUGAGCGAAAAUGAUUUGAAUGGAAGCAUUCCAUUUCAAAUUGGUAACCUGGUAUACUUAGAGGAUUUACUAGAUCUCAGUCAUAACUUGCUUAAUGGAGAGAUAUCACCACAACUUGGGAAAUUGCAUGUGCUGGAAAAGUUAAACCUCUCCCACAACAUGUUGUCGGGCUCCAUUCCACCUUCUUUUGAAGCAAUGUUCAGCUUGCAAUCUAUUGAUUUUUCAUACAAUGCUUUGGAAGGUCCUCUUCCCAACAGCAAAAACUUUCAGAAGACUCCUGCAAUGGCAUUCAUAAAAAACAAAGGUUUAUGUGGUGAAGUGCAAGGUUUGAGACCCUGCAACGCUCCUUCAAUAAGGCAUGGUGAUGCAAGGAAAGGCCGCCAAGUUGUCAUCUUCAUUGUUCUUCCUCUCUUGGCAGCCUUGUUUCUUUUAUUUCUAGUCGUCGGCCUUUCUUCCAUUUAUUCCCAAAGACGAAGAAAUAAAGAGAAGGUAGUUCUUGAAAAGAGCAGCAGAAAUCCAUUUUCAAUAUGGAAUUAUGAUGGGAUUGAUGCAUUUGAACAGAUCGUGGAAGCGACAGAGGGUUUCGACGACAAAUACUGCAUCGGAACUGGAGGGUAUGGAAAAGUUUACAAAGCAAAUCUACCAUCAGGCCAAGUAGUAGCUGUGAAGAAACUUCACACACUUGAAGGUGGGGAUCAAUCCGACCAAAGAAGUUUUAGAAAUGAGAUUCGAGCAUUAACAGAAAUCCGCCAUCACAACAUUGUGAAGUUUUAUGGUUUUUGUUCCCAUGCUCAAUUCUCAUUUCUAGUCUAUGAGUACAUGUAAAGGGGAAGCUUGGCUAGUAUCCUAAGCAACGACAGAGGAGCUGCAGAGUUGGAUUGGACUCUAAGGGUGAAAGUUAUUAAAGGUGUGGCCCAUGCAUUAUCUUACAUGCACCAUGAUUGCACCCAACCAAUUGUCCAUUGAGACCUAUCAAGCAACAACUUUCUGUUGAAUUCGGAACUUGAGGCCUGUGUCUCUGACUUUGGCACUGCAAGAUUGUUGAUACCUGAUUCGUCCAAUUGGACUACGCUCGCCGGCACUUACGGAUACAUCGCUCCAGAGCUUGCAUAUACAAUGAGGGUAACUGAAAAAUGUGACGUAUAUAGCUUUGGCAUUGUGGCACUUGAAGCGAUGAUGGGAAGGCAUCCUGGGGAGCUCAUCUCCUCUCUGACACCA